AUGGCUCUCCAGGUCAGAGUUGCUCCAAGCAAGGUUGUUUUGCAAAACCUUCUUAUAAGUGUCAUCCUCUUCUACACUGUGUACUGCGUGGUUCUGAGCCUGGGCUGCAUGGCGCUCAGGGUGGAUGAAUUGGAUGUCCUGGCACCAUUUGAUUUCCAAACAAAUCCCUCAUGGGCCAACACAAAUUAUAAAGUGCUUUUAGUCUCAACUGAGGUCACCUUUUGUGGAUUGCUUUUCAUUCUGGUUGUGGAAGAAUGGGUUUGGGAUUAUGCUAUUUCAGAUGUUCUCCAUGUUGCCAUCACUUCAACUGUUAUGUUGGAAUUUCCCUUGACAUUACAUUGGUGGGCUAUUAUAGAUCAGCUAGAGAGGUCACACGUCCCAUUGAAAGGCCCUUGUGGAGUCGAGGAAGCCGAGCAUGCUCACUGCGGCGGCUUUCGCAUCCAUCCUCAGCUGCAGCGGCCGCGGGCUUCCCGGGAGCCCGCCCGCCCCGGCACUCUGCCUGCUGAGCGCCGGACGCGGCACUCGGUGCCCACGCGGGAGCCCCGCGCUUCCAGCAGCUGCUGGACGAUCGAGCAGAAAUGA